AUGUCCAUCAGCGUUGAUAAAUGUGUACGACACAAGAAGACGUUUGUGUGUUUUUGUGUGGUUCCAGAGGAUGUGUCCGCAGACAGCGCAGAGUUCUCUGACCGGACGUCCUCGAUGGAGCUGCGUCUGCGAAGCCACGAGGACGAGAUCACGCUGCUCAAGUCCUCAUUGGCCGACGCUCUUAGAAGGAUCCGCCUCCACGACCAGCUCCUGCCGCUUCUCAAACAGCAGCUCAUCGCAGUGAACCCUGCAGCUGCUCGGGUUCUGACCCACGUGUGCUGCUCAGACGGCUGCAGUAACAGAAAAGCCUCCACAGAGCGACAGCCCACCCCCAGCCACGAGUCCAACAACAUCUCAGCUCACAAAACAAACGGCAUCUCGGCGGGUCCAGCGUCCGCAGAGCCCGCCUUCUCAUCCGUGCAGACUCAGAACCGAUCCACCCAGACUGAACAAGCCUCGUUCCCGCUGGAGACGCCUCCUCACACCAGGCUCACUUUAGAUCUGAACAGGGGCCUACGGAGCCUCCACCUGGAAGACGGACUGCCCCCAGGGGACUCCAACCGGUCCUUCUCCGAGUCCAGCCGCACCAAACUGCACCGAGUCCCAAGCGUUGACGAGGAGGCGGAGGAACCCGAGGAGGAUGAGGCGGGAGAGGGGCAGGACAAGGAGCUGGGCUGGGCUUCUGAACUGGAGGAGCCGGUCCAGCCCUCCAGCAUCAGGACCCUGCAGAGAGAGGAUUACCAGGACUGUAGCUCCUCUCCGGACGAACAGAGCCCCACCUCCACCCUGGGCCGGAGCUCGGACCAGCACAACCCGCGCUCAGCACCUCUAUCCCCCAUCCAAGAGGGAGAUAAGGUGCCCCUGGUCAGAAGGAACAGUGACAAGACGAUCAGUGACAAGCCGAGGAAACGCCUGGAGAAGAAGGCCGCCUCCUCAGCCAACCUCCUGACCCGCUCCCCCAGCCUGGAGACGCGCACCAAGGACCUCGUAUCCAAUGCAGGCUCAGGAUCCAGGAGAGGGACGUACUGCCAAGGGCAGUCUAUUAAAAUGUUCAUCCGUGGUCGGCCCAUUACCAUGUACAUACCCUCCAACAUCCACAACUAUGAAGACUUGAAGAUGGACACGCCCUCCGAGAGGCUCGAGCUGGACUGGGUUUACGGUUACAGGGGCCGGGACUGUCGUGCAAACUUGUACUUCCUCCCCACGGGCGAGGCGGUGUACUUCAUCGCCUGCGUGGUUGUGCUCUACCACAUUAACAACCGCACGCAGAGGCACUACCACAAACACACCGACUGCGUGCGCUGUCUCGCAAUACAUCCAGACAAGGUGCGGAUAGCUUCUGGUCAGACUGCAGGAGUGGACAAAGACAAGCCGCUGCUGCCGUGCGUUCACAUUUGGGACUCCACCACCCUGGCCACACUCCAGCAGAUCGGCCUGGGCACGUUUGAGAGAGGAGUGGGGUCUGUGGCCUUUUCAUCCGCUGAUUCGGGUGCAUCCUUAUGUGUGAUCGACGACUCAAACGAACACAUGCUGUCGGUGUGGGACGCUAACAAAGGCACCAAACAAGCGGAGGUCAAGAGUACGAACGAGGCUGUGUUCGCCGUGGACUUCAACCCCAGUGACAGCAGCAACAUCAUCACCUGUGGAAAAUCCCAUGUUUACUUCUGGACCCUCAGCUCCGGACAGUUCACCAAGAAGCAGGGGAUCUUUGGAAAAUACAAGAAGCCUAAGUUCAUCCAGUGUUUCGUGUUCAGUCUGACCGGGGACGUCCUGAGCGGAGACUCGGAGGGGAACAUUCUGACGUGGGGCAAAUCUGCUGCUGAUACCAAAACCCUCGGCAAAGGAGCUAAAGAGACCUUCCAGAUCAUGCGUCAGACCAGGGCCCAUGAAGGCAGCGUGUUCACCCUCUGCCUGCUGCCGGGGGGAGACCUGCUUAGCGGAGGGGGUAAAGACCGCAAGAUCAUCCGCUGGAGCGCAGACCUGGCCCCCGAGCGAGAGUGUGAGAUCCCAGAGCAGUUCGGAGCAGUUCGGACUAUUGUCAAUGUUGACGACGUAGAACUUUUGGUGGGAACGACCCGAAAUGCUAUUCUCAGAGGGAGCUUCUCAGACGGCUUUGUGGUCAUAGUACAGGGCCAUGUGGAUGAGAUGUGGGGCCUGGCCACACACCCCUCUCAGGACGUCUUCCUCUCCUGUGGGAACGACAAGCAGGUCUUUCUCUGGAACGCCGACAGCCACAGGAUGGACUGGUGCACCACGCUGGAGGAGUACGGCUUAUGUGUAGACUUCAGCCCGGUCAGCUCAGUCGUGUCCAUCGGCCUCAGCACAGGAAGGUGGCUGGUUCUCGAUCUGCUGACGAGGGAGGUGGUCUCUGAGUCUGUAGAUGGGAACGAGCAACAUUCUGUGAUGAGGUACUCCCCAGAUGGCAGCUUCCUCGCGGUUGGCUCUCAUGACAACUUCAUCUACAUCUACAGCGUGACGGACGACGGACGACGCUAUUCGCGCUUCGGGAAAUGUAAUGGCCACUCCAGUUUCAUAACUCACCUGGACUGGUCUAAAGACGGAAAGUACAUCAUGUCUAAUUCAGGGGACUAUGAAAUCCUUUACUGGGAGAUUGCGGGAGGCUGUAAACUUUUAAGAAAUCGCUAUGAGAGUAAAGACCGGGAAUGGGCCUCGUAUACAUGCGUGCUGGGCUUUCACGUCAUGGGGGUGUGGCUGGAGGGUUCUGACGGCACAGACAUCAACGCCCUGUGUCGCUCUCACAGUGAACGAGUGGUGGCUGUGGCGGAUGACUUCUGUAAAGUGCACCUGUUCCAGUACCCCUGUCCCAAGCCCAAGGCACCAAGCCGCAAGUACGAGGGCCACGGCAGUCAUGUGACCAACGUGUGCUUCACCUACAGCGACUCUCACCUUCUUUCUAUGGGGGGAAAAGACACGUGUAUUCUGCAGUGGAAGGUUCUGCAGGUGGGGGACAGCAGAGAGAGGCUGGCAUCUCUGUCGUCUACUUCCACCAGUUCUCCAGAACCUGCUGUCACUUAG